CAAACCCAAUCCAUUACACGAUUCGGCCUGCUCUUUGAUCUUGCUCUUUGCUUUUUGCCUUGGUUGCUCCUCAACCUCCCACUUAAAUAAAGGUGUUCUUUUUUCUCAUCAAUUCCCAGAAUGUGCUCUCUCUCGCUCUCUCCCCCUAAAUCCUCUCUCUGUGGUUGCAAACCCCUCGCUGAAUUUUCUUUUCCUCCUGUCAUUUCACUCUCUUCUUGAACUUGAAGUCCCAGUUAUAAAAAUCCCUCCGUUCGCUUGACCCUCUUCUUUUUCGGUCUCCACCGCGCUUCCACUCAAUUUCUCCGUGCCUUUGGCUAAUUCCCAUUUGAUAAAGACCACCAUGGACUGAUCAACCCAAGUGAAAAAGCUACUGCUUUGACGCCUGUUGGAUCGCUGGAAAGACCGACCAUGAGUCACCCUUCGACGGUUCAUCAAGAACCCGGUGUUCUCUCUGAUUUGGUGUCCCACUUGGGUCGCUUCGCGCUCAACUCAAACUCGCGCCCUUUAAAUUCUGGAGGGUACCCUUCGUUUUUGUCUAACUAUCUCUACUUUGACGGUUCGAUCGGUUCUAAGAGGCCAAAGUUUUGUUCUUCCUUGAGUUUGAGCACCAGAGGCAGUGCUUCGAGCAUUCGCAGGUUCCUGAGCGACUUCGAUAAGGCUAUUAGGUUCCAUUGUGAGAGGAUACCAAUUGGGUUUGCUUCCGUUCAGGUUAAUUCAGGUAACGGCAAUGGCGAUAGUAGUAAUAAUGGGGAUUGUGAUAAUGGGUUGAGAUAUGAUGGCUGCGGUGUUUUGGUGGAUGAUGGGGUACAUGUCAAUGGUGUUGAGGCUGAUACCCCUAAGAAAGUUCUCAUUUUAAUGAGUGAUACUGGCGGCGGCCAUCGGGCUUCUGCAGAGGCUAUCAAGGCAGCUUUUCAUGAAGAAUUUGGGGAUGAUUAUCAGGUUUUUGUUACUGAUUUGUGGGCAGACCAUACACCUUGGCCAUUUAACCAGUUACCUAGAAGCUACAACUUCUUAGUGAAACACGGGCCCUUGUGGAAGAUGACCUAUUAUGCUAGUGCUCCAAGAAUUAUUCAUCAAUCGAACUUUGCUGCAACUUCAACCUUUAUAGCUCGAGAGGUUGCCAAAGGACUAAUGAAGUACCAACCUGAUAUUAUUAUUAGUGUGCAUCCACUUAUGCAACAUGUUCCGCUUCGUAUUCUAAGGGCGAAGGGUCUUCUAAAGAAGAUCGUUUUUACCACGGUUGUCACAGAUUUAAGCACUUGCCAUCCUACAUGGUUCCAUAAGCUUGUGACUAGAUGUUACUGCCCUUCAGCAGAGGUAGCAAAGAGGGCCUUGAAAGCUGGAUUGCAGCCUUCACAGAUUAAGGUGUAUGGCCUUCCUGUGAGACCUUCAUUCGUUAAGCCUGUCCGGCCAAAGGAUGAACUAAGGAGAGAACUGGGUAUGGAUGAGGAUCUUCCAGCUGUCAUGUUGAUGGGAGGAGGAGAAGGAAUGGGUCCAAUUGAAGCCACUGCUCGUGCACUAGGUGAUGCAUUGUAUGAUGAGGAUCUUAUGAAGCCAAUUGGUCAGAUCCUUGUUAUUUGCGGCCGCAACAAAAAGCUCGCCAAUAGAUUGCUUUCAAUUGAUUGGAAGAUUCCUGUUCAGGUGAAGGGGUUUGUCACCAAAAUGGAGGAAUGCAUGGGUGCUUGUGAUUGCAUCAUUACAAAGGCGGGCCCUGGGACCAUUGCAGAGGCGAUGAUUCGAGGUCUCCCUAUCAUUCUUAAUAAUUAUAUAGCAGGGCAGGAAGUGGGAAAUGUGCCGUACGUUGUGGAAAAUGGAUUUGGAAAGUUCUCGAAAUCACCAAAAGAGAUAGCCAACAUCGUGGCAGAAUGGUUCGGCCCGAAAGCGGAUGAGCUCAAGGCCAUGUCACAAAAUGCAUUGAAGCUGGCUAGGCCUGAUGCGGUGUUCAAGAUUGUUCAUGAUCUCCACGAGUUGGUCAAGCAAAGAAGCUUCGUACCUCAGUACAAAACAACAUAGCUUGAUCUCCUGGACCAGCUUUUAGGCUGGAUGGUUUGAUGGAAACAUGGGUGAGAAGCUUUUUGAUGAUGUAGAUUUUUCCAACGAUACUGAUUCCUUGUAACAGUAGUGGUUUCAUAUUCAUCGCUGAAUCAUACAUAAUGUAGGUCUGUGUAAUCCUUCAGGGAGGAGUGAGUUAUCCUCCUACUAAUAAAAAGAGAAAAGCAUUGGAUA